AUGGGGGUUAGGUACGGCCCGCAGUACAUCGAUGCGAGCGUGGCCAAAGUGCCAGCAAGCAAGGUGGGGUCCUGCAGGACGGUCGGGCAGGCGAUACGUUCGCUCGUCGAGCACGACGUCAAUGGUGAGCUCUCUCUCGCAACCUUGACCCAUCACAUCACGUCCGAGCCUUCCAUUGCAAGUACUAGGUUAGAUACUGACAACACGGUAAUGACCUUGACUGUCCCCGUGUAAUCUGCAGUGUUCAUUUUCGAUGCGGCAAUGGCCUUUACCUACCUGUGGCCCUCGCCCUCGUCCCACCCCAACCCGCACGGCCAAGCACGCGACUUCCUCCGCAAGAUCCAGUCCCUGCUCCAUGAUUGGACAUCUCGAGACUCGCGAUCCACCAAGUUCAUUGUCUUCUUUGAUCAUCCCCGUUUCCGACCCGAGUUGAAAAGGGCCACGGUGGAGGGCCGUCUCAAGAAGAUAACGACGUCCGUCCUCUCCGCUUCGCCCAUCCCCGUGAUCUCGGAAGACGCGUUCAACAAGGCCUUCCCAACAGCCCAACCAUGGGAAGAGGACUUUGAAGGACAAGGUCGGAAGGUCGAGCUUGGCAAGAUCGCUUCGAAAGGCGAUGUAUCGUUCGUCCUUGCCCACGAGACGGACCCGAUCAUCGCGGCCGCGACCAAGUUUGGCUCGAUCGGCGGUGUCGAGCUCGUCUCGGAACGUACCGCCCUCGUGAGCGGCGACAGCGAUUAUGCCAUGCUCAUAUCAGCAUCGGUUGCGAAGUAUCGGAUCCUCCCUCGCAAGCAAGCGAACAGCAGACGAUUCGAGUCUGUCGAUAUUCUUGACCUCGCCGCUCUCGACGCCGACUCGAAAGUGCUCGACUCUGACGGCCGCUUCGUCCUCUCGUUCCUUUUCGGCAACGACUACUUUGGAGGGGUCAAGGGGUGGGGGGUCAAGGCACCAACCAAGGUGCCGAUCGAUAACCCUCUGUUUCAAUUGAACACCUUUCUCCGCGGUUACGACCAUGCUCACGGACGACUUGCCCGUGCGCCGCCAAUCAACGCCCCGGCGCUCUCCACCGACGACAUUCGUGAACUCUGCGACCAUAUCCGGGCCGUUCGACAAUUGUACUUGUUAGCAUCCGAUGCAUUGUUCGACAAGAACGAACUCGUCGACGACCCCACCGCCAACCUCAGCGCCGACGCCGCCCGUCGCGCGAUCACCGCAGCUGGCGGCAGCAACGUCCGAUUCAGCAAGGAGAAGAAGCUCUUUGACAAAGUUGCCAAGAUCGAACGUGUAUCUCCCCUGCUGCCCUCCGCCUUCCCUCGCAACGCCAAUCCCAAGCAUGGAGGUCACCACUGUUGGAAUCAACAAUGAUCCCAAAAAUGAUCAACAAAAGAAGAAGAACGGCUGGACCAGGAGUCGAACCUGGGUCACUUCCAUUAAUCGGAAAAGCUUUGACCUCUAAGCUAUCCGGCCCCUGAUAUCAGUGCAAGGUCUACUAACACCUUCAAUACUUCCCCUUAGACCUUUGCACUGCUGCCAGGCUAUUGCAAUGCGUCGACUCUAA